ACUCUAUGAAUCAACCACCCACAGCCACUACUUCAAAUCAAACUCAACGACCACCAUCCUCAUUAACAACACAAACUGUUAUACCUCAUCACGUUGUUUUGAAUUCUGGAGGUACUAAUCAUCAUCAUAAUAAUAAUACAACUGCAGCAGUACUUACUAAUAACAUUGUUAUGAGCAAUACUACACCAUCAUCAUCAUCGUCAGCAAACACUCCAUCAUCAUCAUCAUCAGCACCAUCAUCAUCAGUGGUGGGAAGUAGUGGUGUUGGUAUUGUUGGAGGAAUGAUUUCAUCAUCACCUUCCCUAGUAGUAUCCAAUAAUACUACUGCUACUACUACUGUUACUAAUAAUUCGAAUAUGAUGAUUAAUGGUGGUCAACCUAAUAAUCAUACCAUUCAACAACAGCAAGCACAAUCAAUGUAUAAUACUGGUGCUGUUGGUGGUACUACUCAACCACAUCAUCAUAAUACUACUAUUUAUAAUACUAAUGCUAUUUAUCAAUUAUUACAACAACAACAACAACAAUUAACUGAUUAUCCUAAUAAUAAUAACAAUAAUUUGUCAUCAUUGAUACAAAAUAUUCAAUUUAAUUUGAAUCAUCAAGCUUUAAAUAGUUUAAAUAAUAAUAAUUACAAUAAUUACAAUAGUACUUUUGAUUUUUAUCCAAACUAUUCACCAAAUCACUUGAAUACACCAUCACCAGUUAAUUCUACAAGUCCUAAUUUAGGUAAUUAUGGAUCACCAAAUGGUUUAACUCCUGAUCAAUUAACUCAAUUGAUGAAUACUGUCACAUUGGUGCAAACACCUCAACAUUCAAAUCUUUCAUCAUCACCUCCUUCUUCAAAUUCAUCCUCCACACAAAUGCUUCCUCCACAAUCAAUUAAUUCACUUCUUCAAGAUAAAUCAAAUGCAACAAAUAAUUAUAAUGACAAUCCAAUUUUGUUACUGUCAGGAAAUAAUUUAAUGCAACAAAAUGUUGAUCAAACAACCCAUUCAUAUUCUCAACAACAUUUACAACCAAAUGUUUUCUCCUCCUUCUUUUCUUCAAGUGCUUCAAUGAGUGCCUAUCCUCCAACUGCAGUUUCUAAAGCAACUUUAAAUGGUAAAAUUAAUCAACAACGCGCAGGUUUUCCUGUAUGUUACAAUGUUCAAACUGCAAAAGUAACAUUGAAACUCUUCUUGAAUCAAAAUCCUACAAAUUCAAUUUUCCAAAUGACACAAAAUAGAAUGUAUCAAUGCAAUGAAAUUGAAAAACUCAUUCCAAAACUUAAUUUGAAUGAAAUUGCAAUUUUUGGAUUUGUAGUAUUCUGUGAAAAUUCAUCAAAAAAGAGAGAAGUUUUAACACAUUUGGAAACAUUCUACUCACAAUCAGUCAAUCCACAAGAUUACAGUGCACAAAUUGCUAUUGGAACUUAUGGUAGAAAGUGCAGUGCUGAUUUAGUGAAACAUUGUGGUUUCAUUAUUGCCUACAGAAUGAACAAGGAAAGCUUUUUGAAACAAUCUGGUAAUUCAUUCUUUGGUGUAACUGCUGAUGAAACAGCUCAAUUCGAUAAGGCCUUUGUUCAAGAAGUUAGAUUUGGUUUUAGAAAGAAGGCAGGUCGUGAGAAACUUCCUCUCAUUAGAGAACCUGUUAUUUGUGAUGUUUCUAAACCAAUUGAAUAUCAUGACUUUUUGAAUAAUCAUUCCAUUCUCAAGUUGGAUGAUUUACUUCACUCACAUUAUCAACCUAUUACAAGAUUUUGUACAAGUGUUCAAGAUGCUGCAGACGCUGUUGUCACACAACCAUUAGAUGUCAUGAAAGACAUUAAAAAUGUUGUCAACAACUUUACUCCAAGCAGUUCGGCUAUGGAUGAAACUUCUGAUGUAGUUUCUGAGAAAACCAAUCAAAAGUCACCAAGUCAACCUAUCCAAACACCAAAGAUUGAAGAGGAGGAUGGAUUUGACCUCUUAAAAUUCAAUGAAUCAGUUGUAAAAAAUUUGGCCAAAUCCUCAAUAGAAAGAUGGUUGAAUUAUGAACCAAUAGUCAAUGAGCAUCCAAGUUAUUUGGCUGUUCUUCUUGGUUUGAUUUAUUCUAGGGGCUAUUUUUCAAUUGUUGAAAGUAAGAGUAAUAUUCCAAUUAAUAUUGAUACUUUGGAGGCAUUGAUGAAUCUGGCCUUUGAUGGCACCCCUGUAACUGUGGGCACACUCGUUGGAAAUGUUCAAAUUAAUUUGAAAGAGGUUUUCCUUACCAACGAUAUCAAUUAUAUUUUGUACUAUUUGGAGGUUAAGGAACUUGUUCCAUGUUUUAUGGCUGGUGUUUACUUGUACUGUUUAUUGUACUACACUAAGAAUGAUAUGGAGAAGCAUCGUAUGGAACCUUAUGUAUCAAAUAUGAGAAAGAAUUUCACAGCUGUAACACAAGAUUUUUACUUUGAAGAUUACAAAGUGCUAGACAUUGGUGACUCUUUACUAACUGAUAAUUCACCAGAAUUCAUGACCUUGGCAUUCAAAAAGUUGAAGAACUAUGUUAUCAAGAUUGGUAAAUACUACAACAAGUUACUUGUUGAACAAGCCAUAGUUCAAAACAAUCCUCAAACCUAUGAAUUUAAUAAGCAAGAACGUUUGGAAUCUUCUAUUGAUGGUUUCAGUAAUUAUUUACUGAACAGAGGAUCAAUUCAUGAAAAGAAGAGAACAAGAGAUGAUUUAGGCAUUAGCUCUAGCUUUACUGAAAAUGAUUUUAUUGUCAAACCUAGGAGAACUUUUGCAUUACAAAAGUAUGAAGAUCAAAAAAUGGCUGUCAUAGAGCAAGACAAAAAGGUAAUGCUCAUGAAAUCUUUUGUUGAUUCCAAUACCAGCUAUGAAAAUAAUGAUGUAUUGCAAGUGUUAUGUGAAUUAGAAGAACGAAGAUUGGAAUUGGAAAAGGAAUUUGCUGAAAAAUUGAGACUGCUAGCAGAGAAAGAGAAGUACUCUCUUCAAUAAACCAUCUUUUUUA